AUGAGCGAUUGCUUCAACAGAACGUUUCUCAGAGUAGGCCUUUGCCUUUUGCUCAUUACUGGCAUCGUAGAGGCUACGACCAAGCGCGGUGCAGCCUACAACGAUCCCGCAACGGUCACACCGUUGUCGGACACCGGUACGGUAACAUGGGCAUAUAAUUGGGAUAUGAAGGAGGCAUCUAGCCUUCCGGCACAUGUUGAAUUCGUUCCCAUGCUGGGCCGUGCAGUCUUUGAUGGAUGGGAUACAUCAGUGGAACAGGCACAUCUUCGGGGCAGCUCGUACAUUCUAGGAUUCAAUGAGCCGGAUAUGACUUCCCAGGCCAAUCUCAGCCCUUCUGUGGCCGCCGGUUACUACAAGAACUAUAUUACGCCAUAUCAAGGAACUUUCAAAUUAUUGAGCCCAGCAGUGACUUCUUCUACCUCUGCUGGUAUGGGUCUUCAGUGGCUUGACUUAUUUAUGAAAGAAUGUACAUCCUGCGGCAUUUCGGGAUUGGUAGUUCACUGGUAUGGUGACUCUGCUGAUGACUUCAAGUCUUUCGUCAAGAAUGCUAUUUCAUUUGCCGACGCUCAUAAUUUCUCAGAGGUUUGGAUCACCGAGUUUGCACUCAAUGCCGAUGUGGGCGGAGUGACUGAUCAGACCAGUUCCGUGCGUUUCAUCGAAGAUGUAACUUUUUGGCUAGAUAAUCAGCCCUCUGUGGCCCGAUACUCUUACUUUAUGUGCGCCGAGGGAUAUCUUCUCUCGGGCGGCUCUUUGAACAGCGCUGGCAAGGCCUAUGUAGCCCCAUCGCGUUCUAUCGCGCCUACGAUUUCCUCGAAUGCCUGCGCCGUAACUGACUGA